GCUCCGUUGAAUCUGUGUAUGUGGAGUUAUGUACUCGUACAGACUGCUUCAUUGUUUUCCUCGUCAGCUCCAGCUGUUUGAACGUAUUUUGAACAUUGGUCAAGAGAGCUCAAGAGAUUGACUUUUCUGUAGAAUUGUGGAGAAUUCGAAUCAUCAAAGAACAAUAGGUGAAUGCUUGCACCCUGGUAGUAUUGGUGUGGACAUGGCGGCGCUGCCGAGCCUCUCGACGGUUCUCUCAGUAUGCAUUCUGGACAAUGAUGGGCAGCGCAUCUGGGCAAAGUACUACACCGACCGCUUUCCCACCGUGGCCGAGCAGCGCACUUUCGAGAAGAAGCUCUUUGGCAAGACGCACCGAUCGGCCAAUGAGAUCAUCUUGCUAGACCGCGUGACGGUGGUGUACCGUAGCAAUAUUGACCUGCACUUCUUCGUGAUGGGUGCAAUGGAUGAGAACGAGAUCAUGCUACAUGGGCUGCUGAGCAGCAUCUAUGAGUGUGUCAGCCGUCUGGUUGGUAGGAAUGCCGUUGAAAAGAAGUCCGUACUGGAGUGCAUGGAUGGUGUUCAGUUGAUUGUUGACGAGAGUGUUGAUGGUGGCAUCAUUCUGGAAGCCGAUCCCGACAUGCUAAUGCAGCGGCUCAACUUCCGACAGACCGAGGAGGUUUCCAUAGGCGGUAUGACUGACAAGACCGUGAUGAACGCGCUGAACAAGCUUUCAAUGAUGAUUUAGGCCAUGCUGUGUGCGUCAGGCCACAUGCCAAGGUGAUGAUGAGAGUUGUAUGGGUGAUGAGUACUGAUGACUGGUUUUUUUUAAACUAAUAAAUUGACAUGUUAAUAAGGUGAAUUUAGUACAGUGUGAUCUCGUGUA